AGGGGAUUAAAGAAUACUUCACCGAACUCCUAAAAAGAUGAAUUCUCCGGCGACGGUCCAUUACACUCCGGCAACCAUUUUUCAGAACCCUAAAAAAUUCAGAAACAUCAAAUUACCAUACCGUUUUGUUGAAUCAUCAUCUUGUUGUACAAAUUCCACUUUCACCACCUCCGCUACUUCUAAAAGAAUUGAAUUUCAACACCAAGCAUAUAGAGUUUGGAGUUCUUCUCGUUUGCUUCGAAAAUCUAGGGUUUCUUCGGAUGAUACGCAACCUACUGUUUCUUUUAAUGAGUGUGAAGUUUCGGAGCCGAGCUUCGAGGAGUUUAUUACUUCCGAGAGGGUUAAAGUUGUGGCAAUGGUGGCGUUGGCGCUGGCGCUUUGUAAUGCUGAUCGUGUUGUGAUGUCUGUGGCGGUAGUUCCGCUUGCUCAGUCCCGUGGUUGGAGUCAAUCUUUUGCUGGUGUUGUUCAGUCAUCAUUCCUUUGGGGAUAUCUGAUAUCACCAAUUGCUGGAGGGACUCUAGUGGACUAUUAUGGUGGUAAAGUAGUCAUGGCAUGUGGUGUAACCUUAUGGUCAAUGGCCACAUUUCUCACCCCUUGGGCUGCAGAAAGUUCUCUUUGGGCACUACUUAGCAUGCGUGCUUUGCUUGGAGUUGCAGAAGGUGUAGCACUUCCAUGCAUGAACAACAUGAUAGCCAGAUGGUUUCCACAAACAGAACGAUCCAGGGCUGUUGGGAUUGCAAUGGCUGGAUUUCAGCUUGGAAGUGCUAUUGGACUUACACUUUCUCCUAUCCUGAUGUCACAAGGUGGUGUAGGAGGACCAUUUAUAAUAUUUGGAUUAUCUGGAUUUCUCUGGGUGUUAGUAUGGGUAUCUGCAACAUCUAGCACUCCGGAGCGAAGCCCUCAGAUAUCAAAAUAUGAGUUGGAAUAUAUACAGAGCAAGAGGAAGAAAUCCGUCAAGGUCGAGAGUCAAACGAAGACGGCCAAAAUAAUCCCACCCUUCAGGCGUUUGCUUUCUAAGCUACCAACUUGGUCCCUGAUUGUUGCGAACUCCAUGCAUAGCUGGGGAUUCUUUGUUAUUCUUUCAUGGAUGCCCAUUUACUUUAAAACAAUAUAUCUUGUUGACCUCCGACAAGCAGCAUGGUUCAGUGCUGUUCCCUGGAGUAUGAUGGCAUUAGUAGGCUACUUUGCGGGUGUCUUUUCUGACAAACUGAUUCAGGGUGGUAUGACUGUCACUUUGACUCGCAAGAUUAUGCAGUCGAUUGGUUUUAUUGGACCUGGUAUUGCUCUUAUUGGUCUGAUUAUGGCAAAAAGCCCAGUAAUGGCUUCCGCUUGGCUUACAUUGGCUGUGGGGCUAAAGUCUUUUAGUCACUGUGGCUUCCUUGUGAACCUUCAGGAGGUUUCUCCACAGUAUUCUGGUGUUCUACAUGGUAUAUCAAAUACUGCAGGCACGUUGGCUGCGAUAAUUGGGACCGUUGGAGCCGGGUUUUUUGUGGAACUGGUGGGUUCUUUUCAGGGAUUUUUGUUGCUUACAGCAGUUCUAUAUUUCUCAGCUGCUCUGUUCUGGAAUCUCUUCUCGACGGGUGAACGGGUGAAUUUCGACGAAGGUAAUUAGUUCCUUUCUUAUACUCUUGUUGUAGAUAUGAUCUUGCAUAAGUACUUGUUCUGUAAGAUCAGUGAAGCAUCUUGUACAUGCGAAAUGAGAAGGGUAUGCCAUUAUUGUGUUGUGAGAUGA